GUCUGACCUUGUUUUGUUUCCCGAACUGGAUACCAAAGACUUGGCGCUAAAAUUAAAGUUAAAAAGAUCAAAGAUGGGCAAGCAAAAAUCCGCAAAAAAUUCCCGUGUAAUUGAUAAGACGGACCUAAAAGAAAAUAUGGAGGAAAAGCCUUGUAAAAGAAGGAAAUUAGAAAAGGAUAAAUCCUUGAAGAGAACUUCUUGGUGUGAAGAUGACAAAAGUACAAAGCUUAUUUACACAGAGAUGGGCCUUGGCUUGAUCAGUGAUAGCAGUGAUGAUACAGACAGUUGUGAUGGUUUGAACGAAAAUACGCCAGCCUCCGCCACACAGAGAUCAACACCUGUUGUCCCAGCAGCACCAAGAAUUCUAAAACCUAGUCAAAGAAAUAACUGGUCUUUUACAAGCACAAGCUCUGAUGAUUUCUUCUCACCAAUCAAAAUACAUCGAAAAUUUCGAGGAAAAGAUGACCUUGAUGAAUACACAGGAGAAGAUUAUAUUAAUAAACUCCUGGAUGAAAAUAUUCUCUAUAUAUUUCAACUAUUACCCCGAUUUACCAUAGCUAAAUGUGCCCGUGUGUGUCGAAGAUGGAGUCGUAUUGUGAGAGAAAAAGCUUUAUGGAAGAAAAUAGAUCUAUCUAAUAAAACUCUGGGUGCCGGAACAUUGGGAAAUGUUGUUCAUAGAGGUGUCAAGGUUUUAAGAUUAGCAAAAUCAGAGAUCUUAGCACCAAUGAACCUUGAGCCUACUAAAGAUAGAGAAAAUUUAAGUAUGUCAUCUCUACAGUAUUUAGACCUGAGUAUGGCAACUGUUUCAACAGAUAUAUUGGAACAGUUAUUUUCUAUCUGUCAUAACCUUAGAAAAAUCAGUUUAGAAAAUUGUCAGCUGAAUGAAAAAAUUUGUAGUUAUAUGGGUCAGAACAGAGAAUUGGAAUGUCUUAAUUUAAGUAUGUGUCAAGGAUUAAAUUGUGAUGCUCUUGAACCUAUUAUGACAAAUUGUAAACGGUUAGAAUCGUUAAAUAUUGGUUGGACCUGGUUAGAUAGAGCAUCUAUUGUUUAUUUAUCUGAUUCGUUUCCUACAUCUUUAUGUAAAUUAAAUUGGAGUGGUUGUAGAGAAAAUAUUACUGAUGAUGAGGUUGUAGCUUUAACAAGAAACUGUAGUAAAUUAAAAGAAUUAGAUUUAAGUGAUUCUACUGUGUUAUCUUGUCAGUCUAUUCAUAUUAUAGCAGAAAAUAUGAAGGAAUUAGAACAUUUAGCAUUAAGCAGAUGCUACCAGAUUAUUCCAACAACUAUUCCAGUUUUAACAAGAAUCAAAUCAUUGGUAGCUCUAGAAGUUUACGGAAUGUUACGUGAAGUAUAUCUGACACAUUUACAAGACACCAUGCCACGUAUAGAAAUUAACAAAUUCCCCUUUUCUAGUGUAGCUCGACCAACUACAGGUGUUCGUAGAACGAGUAUCUGGGGUAUUAGAGUGAGAGAAAAUAUCGUCUGAGGACAAGAUUUGUUAUACAGAGGAAAUUCUGUCUUGAGUAAUGUUUCUGAAUACAAGUUGGAAUUGAUUUUGAAUCUUUGCAAUUUUAUUGAAGUUAUUGUACAUUAAAUCAUCUAUCAUAAAUCUAACUUUGUAAAAUGAUAUUAUGUCACAAAAAAUGUUCACAUUGACUAAUUUAUUUUACAUUGUCAUCCUUCAUAACUCAGUGUUUGUAAAAUGUUUAUCUGAAGAAA